UACGUGAGAAGCGAGGAGACGAGAGCACCAUGGCCAGUAAGCAAGUGCAUAAAGUGGCGGAGCAGAAGAAGGCACCUGUAUCCGCAAAUGCUGCAAAGACAUCAAAAGAUGUGAAAAAAGAGGAAAAAGAUUUGAAAAAGGAUGAAAAGCAGCCUGGCAAAGCAGUAAAGGAGUUGCCCAAGGACUCCAAAGACCCAAAGAAGAUGGAGAAAGACGCAAAACAGAGCGAGUCUGUUCAGAGUCGCGGUGGGCAUGGGCGUAGCAGGCCGGAAGAGCGCAACAGAAGCAGGGAGCGAGGACGUCACAGCCGGGAUGAUAGGACUAAUCAGCGGGGGCAGGAGAAGGAGGUGUGCCGCAACUUCCUUCAUGGCCGCUGCGAUCGUGGAGUUCUGUGUAAGUUUUCGCACCCUAGAUCCAACAGCCGCGGACGCUCCACAGAUUCUGGCCGGCAGCGGAGCCCAGUGCAUGCACCGGGACGCAAUGACAACACAGACAGGGUUGUGUGCCGUGACUUUGUGCGGAACAUGUGCAAACGUGGAGACGAAUGUCGUUUUUACCAUCCUCCUAAUCCAGAAAAUAAAAGACAACGUAGUUCCUGGCUCACCUUCUGCCAUGACUUCCAAAAUGGGCACUGUUCUCGCUCAGACUGCAGAUUCUUCCACAUCACAAAGCAAGAUGAAGACAACUACAGAGCCUCAGGGGAAAUCUCUCCCCAUGUGGUGGACCAAGCUGUUCGCAAAGCCCUCUUCCUCGACGUGGCGCUUACGGGAACAAGACCCACAUGCAAGGAAUUCCUGAAGGGUGUCUGUAACAUGCAGAAUUGCCGUUUCCGUCAUCUGAGUCGGAGAGAGUACGAGGAUGAGGUAUUCCAUGCUCUGCAGGAUGAGUUUGAGAUUGUUCUUGGUCCUCCUGAGAGACAGCAGUCACCAGGUAUGAAUAUGUUCAGGUCCUUCAGUGGUUAUCAAGACACCCCAAAGUAUGGCACCUCGCCUGUCAACUUCCGAGAAGAGAUGCUGGGAGGAGAAGACCUCCGCACAACACUCUUGGCCCGCACGGAGUUCGAGCCAGAAACCAAGAGGAUGAGACAUUAUUCAGAUGAGCCCAUGUUUUCACAGCAAGAGGACUUCAGCAACAACCAAAGAAGAUGGGACGACAGGAUGGACUUUGAUCGUCAGGAUUUCAGUUCUUAUGACACAGAGCGCCUCAUGCAGGAAAUUUUCAACCUCAGGAAUGACAACUUGGAACUGAAAAGAAGUUCUCAGCAACAAAUCAUGGAACUGAGGGAAGAACUCAAUGCAAUCGCACAAGAAAACACAAACUUCCGCCUGGAAAACUCCAAUCUCCGUUCAAGUACGUCUAUGAAUGCAAACCAGAAAUCAGCCAUAGAUAAACUCAUUGCAGCCAACAACACAUUCAUGCUGGAUAAUAGAAAAUUCCAGGAGACUGUACGCAAAUUAGAGCGAGAGAACAGUGACAUGAGGAAGACCCUAGAGUCAAAGCAAAAAGCCAAGAAUUCUGAACUUGACCGCAAGGUUGAAAAUCUUGAUAAGGAGAAUCGAGAGAUCAGAGAAUCACUUGUAAGGACAACUUCGGCCCUGAAGAAAGUCCAGGAAGAGAAGGUCAAAGUGGAGCAGCACUUGGAGGAGUUACGGGCAAAGCUGCGGGAGUUUGAGUCGAGGGCACAGAGGAAGGACGAGCAUUACCACAAUAGCCAAGGAUCAAGCCGCAGGGAUGACUACCCAGCAGACCAAAUGAACAAAAUUAGAGGGUCACAUGUGCAAGGACUUGAUCGCCGAAGCAACGACUCUGGCUUCUAUGGCCAGGAUAUAAAGGACCAAGACAUGCGUAACAUGGGUACACGAGGACAAGACAGAUAUGAGCCAGAAGUGCAGCGCACGAAUAGCAGGGGUCAGUACAAUCAGGGGCAUAGUAUGAGGGGACAAGAUCUCCAUGGCAUGGAGAUGCGUGGACAAGAUGCAAGAAACUCAGACAUGAGAGUUCCAAACAUUCGUGGAAAUGAUAUACGCGAGAAUGACCUGCGGGGGAAUGAUGUGCGUGGAAAUAACUUGCGGGGGAAUGAUGCCCGUGGACAAGAAAUGGACCGAUCAAGGCAAGGAUGGUCAUCAUCCAAUAACUCAUCCCAGCAGUCUAUGUGGCCGGGAAACAAGGAUGUUCUCCCACCAGUGUCAUCGGGGGAUGUUCCCAACCGAACUGGUAGCCUCCUUGGUGAAUAUCAGCCAAUGAACGACCGUUUCAGACCACAGUCCUACCCACCUGUAACCAAAGGACAGGGCCUGCUGAGGACUCCUGCAGAUUUCCCCGGUUACAACAAUCAGAACAUGUCCCAGGGUCUCCUAGAUACGCCCAGUGACCAUCACAAAACAGACUCCCAGUUUUCUUCCCAGCGAUUCGAGGAAAGGGAGUACCGGCUAGGUUACAACAGCGAGUCCAACAACAGCUCCUACGGAAUGGAAAUGCGGCGCCCCAAUACGUCUCAGACAUGGCAAGAGGGAAGCGAUUCUAUGAAAGGGAGAGGCAUGGGGCAAAGUUGGGGACGGAGAGGAAACACGAACCAGAAUUUCUAGUUCCCCCGUAUGUUUAUGCAAACUUGUUAUGAAUUGUAACAUUAAUUUUGUUUUGUUUUCAAAAACAAAAAUAGGAAUGAUUUAUUUUAUUUAUCUUUGUCCACUUGUUUGAUGCACAACCUUUUUUGUUUUUGUUUUUUGAGGUUAGAAGGUAAAAAAUUGUUCUAGAAAUUUCGCAUAUUGUCAUUUAUUAUGUAAUAUAAUAUUGGUAAUUUGAUUUUUCACAAAUUCUGUAAGCAGUUAUGUCCUGCAUUUCUCACUGCUUUGUACAAUGUAAUGGAAUGAUAUUUUGGAAUUAUAA